AGAAUGGGCUCCCUAGAGAUGUGAUGGGCUCCUCUUCCAUUAAAGUCUUCCAGCAGAACCUGGAUGCCCACUUGUCAGAUGGGGUGGCUGGUCGGGAGCAGCUGUUGGCUCAACAGAGAAUGCACAGCUUGAUCAACUCAGUGGAGGUGAAGUCGGAGGUUCCUGUGACUCUGGACCCCGUCACGCCCUUGGACUUGAGGACGGAUCUCAGAAUGAUGAUGCCCAUGGUAGACCCUGUGCUGCGGGAGAAGCAGCUGCAGCAGGAGCUGCUGCUCAUCCAGCAGCAGCAGCACCUGCAGAAGCAGCUGCUCAUUGCAGAAUUCCAGAAGCAGCACGAGAACCUGACGAGGCAGCACCAGGCUCAACUACAGGAGCACAUCAAGUUGCAACAGGAACUUCUCGCUCUAAAGCAGCAGCAGGAGCUUCUGGAGAAGGAGCAGAAGUUGGAGCAGCAGCAGCGGCAGGAGCAGGAGGUGGAGAGACACCGGCGGGAGCAGCAGCAGCAGCUGCCCCCUCUCCGAGGCAAGGAGAGAGGGCGCGAACGAGCAGUGGCAAGUACGGAGGUGAAGCAGAAGCUUCAGGAGUUCCUGCUGAGCAAGUCGGCCACCAAGGACUCUCCCACGAGCGGGAAGAACCACUCCGUGAGCCGCCACCCCAGGCUCUGGGCGGCUCACCACACCUCCCUAGAUCAAAGCUCUCCACCCUUGAGUGGAACCUCACCAUCCUACAAAUACCCAUUACCUGGAGCGCAAGACACAAAAGACGACUUCCCACUUCGAAAAACUGCCUCAGAGCCCAACUUGAAGGUGCGAUCCCGAUUAAAACAGAAAGUGACAGAGAGGAGAAGCAGUCCCUUACUCAGGCGGAAGGAUGGAAAUGUUGUCACUUCAUUCAAGAAGCGAGUGUUUGAGGUGACAGAGUCCUCGGUCAGCAGCAGCUCUCCUGGAUCUGGCCCCAGCUCACCUAGCAAUGGACCUGCCACCAGUAUGGCAGACAGCAGCGAGACAUUGCUUGUAUCACCUGCUCCGCACCCAGAGCAAAUGGUCUCCCAGCAGCGUCUUCUGCUUCACGAAGAGUCCAUGAAUCUUUUAAGCCUUUAUCCAUCCCCAUCUUUGCCCAACAUAACUCUGGGUCUCCCUGCUGUGCCACCGCAGCUCAGUGCUUCAUCUUCCAUCAAAGACAAACAGAAGUGCGAGGCCCCAGCACUAAGGCCACCAGGAGUUACAUUGCCGGAAUACACCGGAAGCAUCCCAGCAUCUUCCAGUCAUCCGCAUGCUGCCCUAGAAGGAAAACCCAACAGCAGCCACCAGGCACUCCUGCAGCACUUGUUGCUGAAGGAGCAGAUGAGACAGCAGAAACUGCUCGUGGCUGGCGGGGUUCCCCUUCAUCCUCAGUCUCCACUGGCAACAAAAGAGAGAGUAUCACCUGGCCUUCGAGGUGCCCACAAAUUGCCUCGCCAUAGGCCCCUGAACCGUACUCAGUCUGCCCCUUUGCCUCAGAGCACGUUGGCCCAGCUGGUCAUUCAGCAGCAGCACCAGCAGUUCCUGGAGAAACAGAAACAGUACCAGCAGCAGGUCCACAUGAACAAACCAUUCCUGGAGCCUCAGCCUGGACAUGCGCUCCCAACAUACCCAGCUCAGCUGGCUGCAAUUGGCACAGAAGCCUUUGACCAACACUUCCUCAUCUCCAGGACCCACUCUUCCCCUGCUGCCCCGACAGUCCCUCACCCAGCCACGGAUCAGACGCUCCAACGUGUCUCUGAGACUGGUGUGGUGUAUGACGCUCUGAUGCUGAAGCACCAGUGCGUUUGCGGCCGCGCCGCCCUUCAUCCUGAGCACGCUGGGAGGAUACAGAGCAUCUGGUCACGCCUACAAGAAACAGGACUCCUGAGCAAGUGCGAGCGGAUCCAAGGUCGAAAAGCUUCUCUAGAAGAAUUACACCUGGUCCAUUCUGACCAUCAUUCUCUUCUCUAUGGCACCGACCCCUUGAGCAGACAGAAGCUGGACCCCAGGAUGCUCCGAGACAUCACUGAAGGAGAAAAACUUCCCCUGAUUCUUUAUGGUGCUUCUCAGUCCUUUAUUUGUGAGAGGGAUACGUCUCAGAAGGCCUUCUCCUUGCUGCCUUGUGGUGGACUUGGGGUGGACAGUGACACCAUUUGGAACGAGCUGCACUCGGCUGCUGCUGCACGCAUGGCUGUUGGCUGUGUCAUCGAGCUGGCUUCCAAAGUGGUCUCAGGAGAGCUGAAGAAUGGGUUUGCUGUUGUAAGGCCCCCAGGCCAUCAUGCUGAAGAGUCAACAGCCAUGGGGUUCUGCUUUUUUAAUUCGGUGGCAAUUACCGCCAAAUACUUGCGCGAGCAGCUCAAAGUAGGCAAGAUAUUGAUUGUAGACCUGGAUGUCCACCAUGGGAACGGUACCCAGCAGGCUUUUUACGCUGACCCCAGCAUCCUGUACAUUUCCCUCCAUCGAUAUGAUGAAGGCAACUUCUUCCCCGGCAGCGGAGCCCCAAAUGAGGUUGGAAGUGGCCUUGGAGAGGGAUAUAAUGUGAAUAUUGCCUGGACAGGUGGCCUGGACCCCCCCAUGGGAGAUGUGGAGUACCUUGCAGCAUUCAGAACCGUAGUGAUGCCAAUUGCCAGAGAAUUUGGUCCGGACAUAGUCCUUGUUUCUGCGGGAUUUGAUGCUGUGGAAGGCCACACCCCUCCACUGGGUGGGUACAAAGUAACAGCAAAAUGUUUCGGUAAUUUGACAAGGCAACUGAUGCAGGUGGCUGAUGGACAUGUGGUGAUGGCUCUGGAGGGAGGACAUGAUCUCACUGCCAUCUGUGAUGCAUCAGAAGCCUGUGUGAAUGCCCUGCUAGAAAAUGAGCUGGAUCCUGUCUCAGAAGAUAUUCUGCACCAAACUCCAAAUAGAAAUGCCAUUGCUUCUCUACAAAAGACCACGGAAAUUCAAAGCAAGUACUGGAAGUCAGUAGAGAGGUAUUCAGGCUGUGCUCUGACUGGCACUCAGGAGCAAGAACAAGAAGAAACAGAGACUGUCUCUGCCCUGGCUUCCCUGUCUGUGGAUGUGGACCAGUGCUUUUCUAAGGAAGACUGCAGACCUGCUGGCGAGCCCAUGGAUGAAGACCCAGCCCUGUGAAGUGCCAAGUUCCCCCCUCCCCCGGUAUUUCCUGUGUGUGACAUCAUUGUGUAUCUCCCCACCCCCACCCCCAACCAAGCACCCUCAGACAUGUCCUGUCUGCUGCCUGGGUGGCACAGAUUGAAUGGAACAUAAACACUGGGCACAGAGCACACACAGCAGCUUCACUUGUCCUCUGGAUGGACUUGAAAGGGCCUGAAAGACUCCUUCAAUGUAACCACUCUGAUUCUAAAGUUACAGGCAAUGAUACUGGGGAGGGACGGUCUCCAACAUGUGGGCUCUGAAUGUGCUAUGCGACCCACUGGCACACAAGAAAUUGGCCCUGGACUAGUCCUAUCCACAUUAUAGGGACGGGGAUAGCCAGGGAGAUCCAGGGGAAAGCCCUGAGAAUGUUCUUUCAGACAUGUUCAAUUGGUUUCGAUAGGCUAAUUUUUUUCACAUGGUUUUAAAUUGUGUACAGGAUUUGUUUUCAGCUCUGAGCAAACAAGAUAACAUAUUGUACCUUUGUUUUUACACCCUCACAAAUUCUAGCAAGUGAGAGGUCAAAAUUUAAGAGAAAUGGGAUGAGGGCAUUUUUAGCGUGAAAGUCUCAGUCCCUAAGGCAGCCGGUGUGUGGUAGGGCACAAUUUGGAACUCUUUCGAUUAUGCAUGAAAAUGAAAAUGUUUUUUUUGAGAAUGCAAUCUCUGUUUCACUACAUCCCGCUCAAAGCUCUCACAGAUGGGAAGGCUCUGGUUUCUUUGUUGACUGGAAGCCUCUUCCCUUUUAUUAAGAAUCCCCCAUUCUUUGAAUAACAGUCCUCUUGAGCCUUAGGUCCACAGGGACUCACAUUUCCUCUGAAAAGGGAAUAACUUUUCUAAGAUGCCCAUACUUUGCUCCAAAAGUUUUGCAGAGGCCACAUAUUUAUGGAUACUUGAGUUUUCCCCAUAUGAGCACCUCUGUGGCUCAGGCAUUUCUUGGCAUCCAUUUAGUUAGGUUACAUUUCCAGUUUAAGGUAAUUACUGGGCUCAAUUAUAUUGUUUUCAUGUGUGAGAACCCACAGGUUGAGCAUUGCUGAUGAAACUUGGGAGGAUUUAGAUGAGUAUUUUUUUUGAUCCAUGAAUUAUGUUGUUAUUUAAGAAAUAGCAUUAGCUACUUGAUUUCAUGUUGGUUAAUAUUAACUGAGAGCUGUGCCUUUAACCAGCAAUGGACCCUUGACCUUUCCACAUGUUGCCUUAUGGUCAGAAGGUUUAAAGAAAAAAAAAAUUGGAACUUUAUUUUCUGAGUUAAAAAUCAACUCAUAUUGCAAUAUGGAGUUUAUUUUUUUUUUCAGUAUUCUAUUUUCAUGUGCAGUUCAAUCACCUAAAACGUCAGAGGUGGAAUAUUACCAUCUAGGAUUCUUCUUGCAGUAUUUAAUACCUAGCACUGCUUUAGAAACCUAUUGGUGUUCAUUUUUUUUAAUAUAUUUUCCUAACUGAAAGGAUAUAUUAAAGUAAUAAGUGAAGAUUGUCAUGCUUUUAUUCAGAAAUCUAAAAGGAACCUUAAUUUAAACAAGGUUUGAGGGAAGGCCAUGCUCUCAAAGAUAUGCAGCAAUGUGGUUUGAGUUAGAGAGGGCUCAAACCUGUAAAUCAAAGAUGAAAGGUUUCACUCAAGGAGAAUUAUAUGACUCUCUUUUGUUAUAGUCAGACUCUAUUUUUCAUGUGUUGAUUUUUUUUUCUUAGGAUUACUAUUUUAAUUUUGAAGUCUUUUAUUACAUAUGCAAAAAUUGCCAGAUACUUGGUUUAACAUCUUAGAAAUCUGAGCAACCCUUUGAAAUGGGUAAUCUGAAAGAGAAGGUAGCUCUGCAUUAGGUAAAAAUAGACUUAUGUUUGGGGAAGGAGAAGGUUAAUAUUGAUUCAUCACUUUGAUUACAUUUCUGUAAAUUUCCUCCCACGUUUUCACAGAAAACUCAUGACACCGUUCUUAUUCAUCAGUUGUGUUUGUUUCCUGGUUAUCACUUCAAGAAACAUAUUUUUAGAGACUUGGACUGCAAGGCCUGUGACUUGAAAAGAUAUUUUUCCUGUCAAAUCGUUUAGCAAUUUUACAACCUAUUUUAAUUAGAAACAUAACUGUAUUGCUUUAAAAUUAACUCGAAAAUACAAAAUUUUGUGUGCUCUUUUCUGUCCCCACCAGACCUUGUAUUUUUUAAUGAGAAUGGAGAAGAAACAAGUUUUGGCAACCUCCUGUAAAUUAACUGAAGUUUGUGGAUUGCUGCUGCAUUACUGUAUAUUGGCAGGUCCAAGCCUCAGCCAUCAAACUCAUGGUGCAUUCCUAGAUGAAUCAUCCAUUUGCCUUGUGAGGGGGCAUGCAUUGGCUCAGAGUUGGGGUCUGUGCAAUUCAGGGGCAAGCAGAGAAACUCUGCAGAAGAUUAAUCAUGGCUGAAUGUGUUUCUGAGCCCAGAGCACCACUAUGUUUUAAUUAUGCCAUUAAAGGAAUGGUUGCCCCGAGGGAUGGAAUAGAGGCUUUUGGAGAAUAUCAACACUUCUGAAACACACCAGACAUGGUGGAGAGGCCAUUUCCCUUGCUGAUGUGUUCUUCACACAAUCAUAUCAUCAUUGUUAUUACUGUUAAGAGUUUCUCAAAGGAGACUACUCCGAGCACUCUGUCUUCAUAUAAACUUGUCUUCUCUUGUUUUAUCAAUGAUCUGCCUCAUUCUGAUGAACUCUACUGGAUAUGUGUGAGAAAAUGCCUGUAUACACACACACACACACACACACACAUGAACACACAAGGAGGAAAAAAAAAUGAAGUUUUCUAAAUUGGCAGAAAGGAGUUAGAGGAUAAAGCACUUAAUUUUUUAACAAGAAGAUGCACUAAAGUGCUCAGAUAAUGGGAGCAAGAAGAAAAGGUCUCCUGUUGUCAAAUACUUAAACAAAAUCAACUUUUUCCAAAAAUUCUAGGCCUUUUCAAUAUGAAUAUCACAUCAAAGGGCAUAGUGCAGACAAAUGCAUUUGAUGGAAAAAUAGUAAAUGCUUCUUUGUUCACAGUGGAGCUUGAGUGUAUGUGUGAGUGUGAAUUUGAAAUGAUAUGGUUCAUUCAAAGAUGAGAAAAAUAGUUUCAGAUGGAUAUUUUAAUGGAUUUGCAUCAAAUAACAGGAGAAAAUGAGCCCUGGCACUAUAGGCUCAGUGAAUACAGAUUUAAAGCUAAAAGAGACCUUAGAGGUUAUAUAGUCUAACCCUCCUUCCAUCUUUUUAGAGCAAGAAACUGAGGCCCAGAGGUCAAAGAAUAUGUACAAAGUCAUACAGGUAAGAAAAUGCAAAUGAAAGAUUCCACCCUAGGGUUGCUGAAACCAAGUGGAGCUAUGCUGCUACUGUUCCACCUGGCAGAUUUUUGUAAAGAAUUAUAGGUUACACUUCUAAUAUUCAGGAGCUGAAAUCAAGCUCUCAAUUUGUCUCUUCCACACACAUAUUCUCAUUCACAUCUCUGUUAUAUCUAACACAUGAUGAACUUUGGAUUUUACCUUCAUAUCAUCCAGUGCCUGGGAACUAGAGGGGAUUUGAGGAGCUCAAAAAAUGCUAGUUUGCUGAAUGAAUGGACUUGAAAUGAGGAUGCCUUUGGACAUGAAGAACUCAGGGCCACAUGGAAGAUGUGCUCUUGCUAGGACCUUCUAACCACCUCCCUACAAGCAUAGCACUGCUUUCUUUCCAAAAGUCAAUCAUAAAGACUUGUAAACUGACUUGGUUUCUUUACAGUAUCCAUAUAGAACUAGAAGCAAGAAUGCUCACAGAAAAAAACCUCCUGGGGCAGAAUUUCUCUCUAUUGGCCCUCUAGUACCUGUGGCUUCUCUAGCAUUGGUACUUAAGAAUUUUUUAGAAAUUUGUUGUAUAUUUCUUGCUGAUUUCCCUUUGAAAAUUUCCACUCAAGUUGUUAUUAUUUGAGCAAUAUUAGAUUUCUACUAACCUCAAAUAAGACAACCCAAAAGGUAACUAGUGGAAAGGGGAUUCUCUUGAAGUUCAGAAGCCAUCCUUCUGUAGAUGGCCUUGUCAUUGUCCCAGAGAGUCUCAUAUCUCUUUACAUUCCUCUGCUGCCUAAAGAAUGAAAUCACUCAGCCUGCAGAGAAUGUGGGUGAAAAGUGGGAGGGGGAGCAAGAGGAGGAACACACCUGUUGAAUAGUUUUCAUACAGAAGGUAUUUUCAUAUCCCAAAGAAAUGGAAACCAGAUGAGCUGUCCUGCCUAUUUGAGAAAUGAAGGGCUCUUAUUGUCAUUAUUAUCAAUAGUGUCAUAAUCAUCAGAUGACUAUGGAGUUCCCCUGAGGGACAAUGAUCCCUGGUGAGGAGAUCAUUCUUGUUUCCAUCUGUCUUUCUGAAGAAUGGUAUUGUCCCCAUCAUUGUCUUCACCUUUGCCUGCAAUACAAUAAAAUCAAUUGAUGGAGUAUCAGGCCCUGUGUUGGAUGCUGGGGAUAAAAAGACAAAAAAGAAAUAGUACCUGCCCUCGAGGAGCUUAUUUAACUUCCAUUGACCAUAAUUGCUCAUCAAACUGGAAUGAAUGAAAAACACUGAAAUGUAGUUCCCACCAGACAAGAGUUUACAAUUUCAGUGAUCAGAUGUAAAGGUGAAGCAGGUCCCCCUUAGUGAGACAGAACGGGGACAGAAUCAAAAGACAGGGACCAGAGAUGGUUCUGGAGAUUUUAUUGAGAUAGAGAGAGCUCAAAUAUGGACUCCCUCUACCAAUUUAGGAAGGUACAUCCUUGGCAAUUUAUAGUCUAAUAGAGUUGCCUACAGUCUUGAGAAGUUAAGUGGGACUUAUUCUGGGACCCAUUUAUUAAUAUGUAAUUGUAUAAGAGUUUUUGCGACAAAGUAUAAAAAGAAAUACUUGAACUCACCAUUAUAGGAGCUGAAAAUUUAUGGUGUGAUACUACAUUAAUAGAUGCCUAUGUAAAUAAAAAGCAAUAAGUUAAAAUACUAAUGAAUACACAAAUAGAAAGGGAGCUGACAUGACAUUUAGAAUGAGGGUCUUCAGAUUUUUAUUCAAUGCAUAUUACUAUGAAUAAAGAAGAGUAGAAACUUACAACAAGGGGAAUAUUUUUACUUGAGACCACAGGUGGAUCUAUAGAGUAAAUAUAGAUAUAUAUGUGGGACACAGAGAGAGAGAGAGACAGAGGCAGAGACAUACAGACGACAUAUGGGAUAGUGGUUAUAAAGCAGUCUCAAAGCUGGGAAGUUCAAGCUCCUUCUUUGACAUCAAUGGUUGUAUGUCCCUAAGAAAAUCAUUUAACAUUUUAGUGCUCUGGACAAUUCUCUAAGACAAUUAGUUUUAAAGAAAGUGAUAACUUUUAUUGGAGGAAGGGUUUUCCUUAUCUGAGAGUAACCUGUAUAAGUUAAAUCAAAGACCCUAUGCUCUAACUUAAUCAAAGGGCAAAACAAUUGUUAUUACUAUCACAAUAGCAUAGUGCCUGGCACAUAAUAGGUACUUAAUAAAUGUUUCUUGACCAAUGGUCAUGAUUUAAAGCUCUAGACCAGGUUUGGCAACCUGUACGCCAGUGGGGUCUCUGGCUCAGUGGCCCAAUUAAAGUGUCUUCUCUGUCUUGCUGUUCACUCUGUUUCUGUAAUGAAGCCAUUUUAUUAUCCUUGAAACACCAUUGGAUUAGGCCUUGGUCUGUUCUUGACAGAUGCUGAGAAAAAAAGUGCAUUUCCAAGCCUUUUCUGAAGACUCUGCAGCCAUGAGCUUGGCCCAGAUGUGCAGAAUUAGUUUGGAAUCAAGAAUUGAUACAUAUACAGUCAAAUUAAUAUGGCUGAACACACUUCUGGCUUAUUAUUCCUGUCUGUGAUACAUUAUUGUAUCUGUAAGCAUCCACUGCAAAAUUCACGGUGUGCUCCCAAAUAUUGCUGAGAAUUGGUAGUUAGUCUGUAGAGUACAGUCAAGUGUAUCCUCGGCAUAAGUUAUUUUUAAAAAUUCUUUUUGUCGUGUAUUUUGUAUCAUCAUUUGACUCCACUGUUGUCCUAGUGUGAAUAAAAUCAAUUUGAAAUGAA